ACCGGCCGGGAACGAGCGUUGAAGGAAACGUCAGUGGCAGAGGCGGUCGGAUCGAAGUCGUGUAAACGAGACGCCGAAGUGGCGGCGGACGGGAUGUCGGACACCGCGGACAGGAGGAAGCCAACCACGGGUUUUCGUCGGCGGACCACGGCGGGGGCGGGUGCGUCGUCACCCGGUGGACGGUCGUGUACCACGGUGGCCGUCCUGUCCGUGGUGGCCAUUGCAUGUUCCGUGGCGGCGGUCGACUUGCAACACGUGGCCGCCGUUGGUCAGCACUGGUUGUCGACGCUGUUUCAGUCGGCCGGCGAUCAACAGUGUGCAUUGACGUUACCGGACUUUUUUGAGGAUAUUCUACGGCCGCCAAUUGAUUGUUCUUACUGCCAAGGAUUAGACACCAUUGAGAAGGUAUUCAAUUUAUCAGCCGAACAUUUUGAAAAGCACUACGCGUACACAGGAAGACCAGUAGUUGUUGUCGACGAUUCCAAAGCCGAGCGGUCGGCCGAUUUUGGGUUUCGACUUUUCAAAAACUUGUCCGAUUCCAAACUUUUGACGCCAUGCCAGUUUUUCCCGUACAAAACCGAAUUCAACACUCUCGAGGAAGCUUUGGACAUGGAUGACCAACGGGCAGCGAUGGCGCCCGGAUAUGCACCGUGGUACAUCGGAUGGAGCAAUUGUGAACGUAAAUCGAUAAAUCGUCUGAAGGAACACAUAAAUCUACCGAGUUUCUUACCAAAGCUGUCAGACAGGAAGCAAACCCUUUGGAUUUUUAUGGGCACACCGGGACACGGAGCACCGAUGCACAUUGACAAGGUGGCAUUUCCGUCGUGGCAGACUCAAAUUAGUGGAUACAAAAAAUGGACGUUGCGCACGCCGGCCGAAUGUUUUUUCAAAUGCAAACGAAUAUUCGAAGUUUUCAUGGAACCUGGUUCGACGAUUGUACUAGAUACAAAUAUUUGGUACCAUGAAACACAAACCAUCGGUCAAGAUAUCAGCAUAACUGUGGGCGGCGAAUAUGAUUGAGAUGCAAGACAUACACAGAGAAUAUUGUAGGUACUUAAAUAUUAGAAAUCAUUAACACUAGAAUUGCAAUGGCUUUUUUUUAUUAUUUUAAAUUAACAUACACCAGCCAUUUAAAAGAAAUUCAAGACAACUACAUAAUUUAAAUUUUAAAU